AUAAAAAUAGUCUGUGGUCCUCUCUUGUGUCUCCUAGGCUCAAGGGUGAAGAAGCUCAUCUACCCUACAUGGCUGAUGGCUGCGGGAUACUCUAUGUACUACCCCCAAGCGGCCGCAUCAAUCGCCAAGAACACAGGAGACUCGUUGUACGAUUUCGCCCUGCAGGGCUACGUUAACGUAGAGAAAGUUUUCAAGUCCGCCACCACACCAGUAGAGGGGAAGAUGAGCUCAUCCUGUCAGGUCCAAAACUAG